UUGAAGAAUUUUCGAUUUUUUCAAGGCGAAUGAAAACCAACUUGCUUAAUUAGAAAGGAAAGAAGUCCACGUCAGUGCGCGCCACGUGUCCGUCCCCAACCCCCAGGACGCACGCGAACAGGACAGGGGGAGUUCUCACGCUUUCCUCGUUCGGGGCGCUGUGUACGUGCAGAGGACGCAGAGCAAGCGAGGGGCGGAGCUGAGCUCAGCCAUGGUGUCCAAGGCGGCGAGCGACUUCGGCACCAAGUCCAGGAAGUGGAGCGGGGAGCAGUCGAAUGUGGGCGUUGGAAACUUGGUCUCCAAGAUAAAUCUGCUCAGAAAGCAAAUUCAAGCUGAGAGGACUUCUGCGAUCAAAGAGAAGUUUGAGAAAAAUGGGAAGAAGGUAGAAGAUCAUGUGCGCCAGCUCUUGUCGGAAGCAUCGAAAAACGAUGGCCUCGGUAAUAUAUUGUUGUCGAGGAUUGAGAAUCCUCUUGGGAAGUUUAGCGCAUUUGUUCAAGGAUCAGGUGAUAAAGAUGGCAUUCACAGUCAUGAAUUGUCAUCCUUUGUGGGCACCGAGCUUCCGUAUGCGGAGAAAUUACCUCCGUACACCACAUGGAUAUUCUUGGAUAGGAAUCAGAGAAUGGCUGAAGACCAGUCAGUGGUUGGGAGAAGACGUAUAUAUUAUGACCAACAUGGCAGUGAAGCACUCAUUUGCAGCGAUAGUGAGGAAGAUAUGACCGAGCCUGAGGAAGAAAAGCAUGACUUUUCUGAAUCUGAGGAUCGCAUACUAUGGUGGAGAGAGUUUGUUUGCAUGUGUCGUCUCUUGGCAAGGAUGGCAUUUGAGGACCAUGGUCACAGUGAGGAUGUACAGAACAUUGUGAGCCAGUUUGUUGGGGGCACCAAAUUAGAAAUCCAGGAGAGAUACAAAUUUCUUAAAGAGAACUAUGAAAAGAAACAAAACAAAAAUCUCAAAAACUCUGGAGAUGUGGGAACUGAUAAGGGAAUAUAUCUGGACAAGACCCUCAGUGCUGCUUUAGAUUCUUUUGACAAUCUUUUCUGUCGUCGUUGCUUGCUAUUUGAUUGUCGUCUUCAUGGCUGUUCCCAAAGCUUAAUUAUUCCUAGUGAAAAGCAGCCCUAUUCUCUUGAGCAUGAAGAAGAUGGAAAACCUUGUGGUGAUCAGUGCUACCUGAAGUUGAAUAAGUUGAAUACUAUCAAGGCUUCAUUGGAAUUUUCUGAUAUUGAUGCCUCCAAUGGAAUGAAAAGGGAAACAUUAAGAGAGAAAGAGGAAAGCAGGAGAUCCUCUAGUGCUGUAGAGCUGGUCACUGCAGAUCACAGCACAGGCAUCGCCCAAGAGCAUGAGCAAGCAAUACCUUCUUCCUCAGAAGGUAUUGAUGUAGAUCCACAGUGUCAUAAAUCUGUUAUUGCGGUAGGCACUGAGAUUGUUGGAAAGUGUAAGGAUAUAGAGAAGGAAAUUACUGCACCACAAGACCCAAAACUCAUUCCUGAUGAUUUUGGCGGAUUCCCUGUUAAAAAACAGAAGAUAAUGCUAUCACCUCAUCCCAAUGUAUCCAGUAAAGCAGAGUUUUACCCGGUCAUUGUUGACACUGCAGAGGAUUCCACUUUCAGUGAUUCUGGCAAACUCGGAUUUUCUGGCGGUCCUUCCAGUGAUAAGACCAAGGACCUUAUUAUAAAUGAAGAGGAAGAUGUCGUGGGGCUACCUGCUUUAGUAAAGACUUCCAGUAACGCUGGAGAACUGGGUGCUAUGAGAGAUGAAGGCUAUGUUGUUGCAGAGGCACCUAAAGUGAAGCGAAAAUCUAAUGAAAUUGCAGGCGAAAGGAUGGUGCACAUCUGUGAGUGGAAACCUAUUGAAAAAGAAUUAUAUAUGAAGGGAAUAGAAAUAUUUGGUAAAAACAGUUGUCUCAUUGCCAGAAACAUGCUUUCUGGCUUGAAAACAUGCAUAGAAGUAUCGAGCUACAUGCAUGAUGUUGGGGCUUCAAUAUCCAAUAGAUCAGGUGCUGCACCUAGUACAUGUUUAGAAGACAAUGGAAAAGCAGAUAUGGAUCAUGCUACUGAAGAAAUGCCUACAAAAACUCGGUUAAUUCGUAGGCGGGGCAGAACGCGGAAACUCAAAUAUUCCUGGAAGUCUGCUGGUCAUCCUUCGAUUUGGAAAAGAGUCGCAGAUGGUAAACAUCAGUCUUGCAAGCAGUAUACUCCAUGUGGCUGCCAGUUUAUGUGCGGAAAGCAAUGCACCUGUCUACAUAAUAGGGGAACUUGCUGCGAAAAGUACUGUGGGUGCUCGAAGAGCUGCAAGAAUCGUUUUAGGGGAUGUCAUUGUGCAAAAAGUCAGUGCAGAAGUAGGCAAUGCCCCUGCUUUGCUGCUGGACGUGAAUGUGAUCCAGAUGUUUGCCGGAACUGCUGGGUGAGUUGUGGAGAUGUGGGUGAGGGCCUAUGUGGAAACAUGAGGCUCCUGCUAAGGCAGCAGCAAAGAAUCCUCUUGGCCAAAUCUGAUGUUGCUGGAUGGGGUGCCUUUUUGAAGAACCCAGUGAACAGAAAUGAUUAUCUUGGAGAAUAUACAGGAGAAUUGAUAUCUCAUAAAGAGGCAGACAAACGUGGGAAAAUCUAUGACCGUGCUAAUUCGUCAUUUCUUUUUGAUUUGAAUGAUCAGUACGUACUUGAUGCUUUCCGCAAAGGAGACAAGCUUAAAUUUGCAAAUCACUCAUCCAACCCUAAUUGCUAUGCGAAGGUGAUGCUAGUGGCAGGAGAUCAUCGGGUGGGAAUUUUUGCGAAGGAGCAUAUCGAAGCAAGUGAAGAGCUCUUUUAUGACUAUCGUUAUGGGCCAGAUCAAGCUCCCGCAUGGGCCCGGAGACCUGAGAGUUCGAGGAGAGAUGAUCUAUUGGUCUCACAAGGUAGAGCGAAGAAGCACCAGUGAUCAGUCUCAGUCAUUACUUUCCUAGGUGACAUUUACUUCGUAAGAUUGGCGGCAGACAGGACAGUUCGCUUUUAGUGCAAUCUUUACUUGUAAGGGUAUACCAUAGAAAUCAUCCAAACAAAGGAUUUGAGUGUAGUACUAAGUACUGUACAUAUGUAUAUAUACAUCAGAGAGAGAGAGGAAUUACCUUGGGAUGAAUAAAUAUCGACCUAAUAAACGAGAGGAUUCAAAGUGUAAUUGUUCUAGAACAAAUCAAGGUUAUUUGACACUCC